AUGCAGCGGCAAUGGGAAAUGCAGCGUCAACUGGAAAUGCAGCGUCAACUGGAAAUGCAUCGUCGGUGGGAGAUGCAGCGUCAAUGGGACACGCAUUAUCAAUGUCAGUACGGCGGCUGGUCUAGGGUUCAUGGAAGAUAUCAAUGUCGACAAUGCCGACGCAUACUGAGUAACUUCAUCCUAAAAUGUGAGCAAUGUGGGUUAGGUGUCUGUGGGCGCUGUCGACGGGACAGUGGUCUCCAAUACACCCAAAGGUGACUAUUAUCAGGCAAUUGACAUGCUCAUGAUUGUUACUGGCUGGAAGACUGUCUGGAAUUGGUGGAAAGAGACAUUGGAUACUGCACACUUUCGAUGUAUCAGCAUUGGCCAAUUAGCCUCAGGAAUUCAACGAAUUCUAUCAUUUUGAGUCCAUCUAAACCCCUGCGAUCAUUCAGGUCCAGUUCGAGGGGCCCUGUAAUCUACCGCCGUUUGAAUGGUGGUAUCAAACACCUCAUUGUCGCGUGAGAACUCCAGGUCGUCC